AUGGAAUCGACGAGAGGGAAAGAAACGACGACGGGAAAAGAAACGACGGUGUACGUGGGGAAAAUCCCAUCGGAAAUCACGAACCAACAGAUUACGUCGAUACUGAAAACGUGCGGGAACCUCUCGGAAUGGAAACGGACGCGAGAUAUCGAACCACCCGAUUAUAAGUAUAAACCGUUCGGGUUCGCGACGUUUGAAACGUUAGAGGGUGUUUUAGCGGCGAUGCGAGUUUUGGACGGGAUGCAAUUGUACGAGAACGUGGACGAGCAGUUGAAAGCGAGGACGGAGACGUUGUUAUUGAACGUGAAUCAAGCGACGAAGAUAGCGGCGGAGAAGUUUAACGAGGAAAGGCGAGAGAAAGGAUUAGGCGAGAAGGAUGGGGAGGAGGAUUACGAGAGGAAGAGGAAGAUUGAGAAGAUCAUGAAAGGCGAGAUGAUGGAUCCGGCGGAGGACGAAGACGUCGACGCGGGUGAAUUCUCGGAGGAAAAAGAGUUAGAAGAUAAGGACGAGGAGGAUAUUCAAAGUGGCGCGAAAAGAGCGACGACGACGACGACGACGACGACGAAGUCUUCGCAAGAGAAACUGCGAACGGCGUCUAUGCUCACGAACCAAAUUUCUACGAAUAAGAGCACGAGCGCCGGAGGGACGAAAACGGAAACCACCGGCCCCAAAACAGCCGGAGCGAUGCAACACGAAGACGGAGAAGUCGGUCGAGCGAGUGGUGGACAAUAUCCGAACCAAGGGGAUAAUAAUAUCCCGGCGAAACCUCUGACCAAACGCCAACGCGAAGAGAAACGAAGAGAGGAUGAAAAACGAAGAAACGAACAGAGAGAAUUCGGAAGGAGAGAGCGAGAGUGGUUGGACGAAGAGAGGUUUAUUUUAAACGAAAGGAACAAGAGAAUGCGACGACAACGAGAAGAAAAGAGUAACUUAGACCGCACGCGAGCGUCUCGACGCAAACGCGACGACGACGAUCGACAGUUGAACGUUUGGGAAAGAGACGAGAGAGAUUUGGAUCGCCGAAAGCGAUUCCGAGAACGCGAAUUAGAAGCCGAAGAGAAAGAUAGACAGAACGAAAAAGACGAGAUCGAAGAGGCAAAACGAGACGAGGAGAAACGAUUGGAAGAAGAGAGAAAGAAGAAGCUCAAUUUAGAAAAGGCGAAGAAGGAGAAAACGGUGAAGGAAACCACCAUCGCGGGAUUCUCCAAGCGAAAGAAAACAAAAUCCAGCGAAGACGGGGCAGGUGCGGAGGCGGACGGAAACGACGACGACGACGACGACGACGACGACGAUGACGAUGAAACAACCAAACUCAACAAAAAAAGACGUCGACAAUUCGUACCAAUUGAAUACACCGAAGCUGAAAAACGCAUCGUCGCCGCCGGUCUCACCGUCGAUCACAAAGACUCCGACGACCAAGACCAAAAACGUCUCCUCGAAGAAGAAAAGAAACGCAAAGCCGCGCUCGAAGCGUCACUCAUCGACAAAAUCCCAACCAAAAAAGCCGACGUCUUCAACUAUGACAUCGAUUGGUCCGCGUUCAAAACCUCCGGCGCCGAAUCGCUGUGCCGAAAAUGGGUCACCAAAAAAACCGUCGAACUUCUCGGAGAAGAAGAAGAUGCCGUCGUCGAUUUUGUCCUCGAAAAACUUCGCGAACGCGUCGACGCGUCCGUUUUGCUCGAAGAACUCUCCGUCUUUCUCGACGAAGAAGCCGAGAGCUUCGUCUUAAAGCUGUGGAGGAUGAUCAUUUACGAAACGUUAAAGUUCAAGAGUGGCGAAAAAAGACGUUGA